UAUACUUCAAAGACGCUUGGUAUUAACUUAGCGCACAAACUGAAAUUGUUUUUGUUCAAUGAUUUGGAUUUCAAAUUGCUUCAUUUUAAUCACAUCAAUUUAAAAUAAACUUGUCUUAUUAUCGAUCAGACACACUAAAUAAAUAAAAAAAAACACACAACAAAAAACAAAACAAUGCGUGACGGAAAUCCAACCGAACGAACUGCACUCACCACUGGUGGUGGUGCAGAUUCUUUCGAGAUCACAAUCAAAGACUUACAAAAGAUAAUGGAUUGUCGUAAAACAGAAGCAGUUAAAUAUAUCAAUGAAAAAUACGGUGGAGUUGUAGGAUUAUGUCGAUUGCUCAAAACAUCUCCACAAGAUGGUUUACAUGAAGAAGAUUUUUCAAAACGAAUUAAUGCAUUCGGUGCUAAUGUUAUACCACAACAACGUGCUAAAACAUUUCUACGCCUGAUGUGGGAAGCUUUACAAGAUUUAACAUUAAUUGUAUUGAUUGUUGCCGCCUUCAUUUCCCUUGCACUAUCAUUGUAUAUCAAAUAUGGUCAAGCGCCUACAUUCGAUGAAACAGAAGGACAAGCUGGUUGGAUAGAAGGUCUGGCUAUAUUGAUUGCAGUAUUUGUUGUUGUCUUUGUCGUCGCUUUGAAUGAUUGGCAAAAAGAAAGACAAUUUCGUGGGCUACAGAAUAAAAUUGAAUCAGAGCAUACCUUUUUUGUAAUCCGGAAAGGGGAAACAAAACAGAUUGCUGUGAAAGAGAUUGUUGUCGGGGAUAUAUGCCAAGUGAAAUAUGGUGAUCUCUUACCAGCUGAUGGUAUCGUUAUCCAAUGUAAUGAUUUGAAAAUCGACGAAAGUUCUCUAACGGGUGAAUCUGAUCAAGUGAAAAAGAGUGAGACGAAAGAUCCCAUCCUCUUAUCAGGUACUCAUGUUAUGGAAGGAUCAGGUAAAAUGGUUGUCACUGCUGUUGGACCAAAUUCUCAAGCUGGUAUCAUUUUUGCUCUGUUAUCCUCUGGAGCUGGACAUGAUGACGCUGUUUCAGGUACUGAUGGUGGUCAAGAGAAUAAAAAAGACGCGAAAAACAAGAAUAAGAAAAAUGCUAAAAGUGAUAAGAAUGUCUCAAAUUCAGAUGCUUAUCAAAUGAAGUCGAAGGCAGCAAAUCAAAAUGAUGCUGAAGCGAAUAAACCGAAGCCGAAGAAAAAACCACGUCGUAAAGAACAAUCUGUUCUACAGGCAAAAUUAACUAAACUUGCUAUACAAAUUGGAUAUGUUGGUACAUGUGUUGCUAUCGCUACUGUAUUGAUAUUAGUUAUAAAAUUUUGUGUGCAUACAUUUGCACAGAAUAAAGAACCAUGGCAAACUGGAAGACAUUUGAAACAAAUUGUCAAUUAUAUUAUUACUGGUGUUACAGUUUUAGUUGUCGCUGUACCAGAAGGUUUACCACUGGCUGUUACAUUAUCAUUGGCCUAUUCAGUUAAACGUAUGAUGAAGGAUAAUAAUUUAGUCCGGCAUUUAGAUGCCUGUGAAACAAUGGGUAAUGCAACAGCCAUCUGUUCUGAUAAAACCGGCACAUUGACAACGAAUCGAAUGACAGCAGUACAAUGCUUUAUUGCCAAUAAACACUAUAAACGUAUACCGACAGCUUCAGAACUACCUGAAGGAGUUAUCAAUACAAUUGUGAUGAAUAUAUCAAUUAAUAGUGGGUAUACAUCGAAAAUUUUACCUCCAGACAGUGCAGGUGGUUUACCAAAACAAGUUGGCAAUAAAACAGAGUGUGCUUUAUUAGGCUUUGUUAAAUCAAUUGGACGUAGUUAUGAAGACAUAAGAGCACAAUGGAGUGAAGAACGCCUAUAUAAAGUGUAUACAUUCAAUUCUGCACGAAAAUCAAUGAGUACUGUUAUUAAAGAAUCUGAUAACCCCUUAUCAUUUAUAUUAUUCAAUAAAGGUGCUUCUGAAAUGGUUGUAAAAUGUUGUUCAUGGAUGAUGGAUGAACAAGGCCAACCAAAACCAUUUAGCGUUCAAGAUCAAGAACGUUUAACAGAGUCAAUUAUUGAACCAAUGGCUAGUGAAGGUCUUCGAACAAUUGGUAUUGCUUAUAGGAAAAUUACAAUUGCUUCCAAUUCAAAAAGUCCAAACGAUUUGAUUGUUCAGAAAGAGCCUAAUUGGGAUGAUGAAGACCAACUGUUAGAAGGUCUUACAUUAUUAGGCAUAAUUGGUAUUGAAGAUCCAGUUCGACCAGAAGUACCUGCUGCUAUACGUCAAUGUCAAAAAGCUGGUAUCACUGUACGUAUGGUCACGGGGGACAAUGUGAAUACUGCACGAUCAAUAGCUAUGAAAUGUGGUAUCCUACAACCUGGUGAAAAUUUCCUCGUUCUAGAAGGUAAAGAAUUUAAUCGACGUAUACGUGACAAAGUGACUGGUAAAGUUAGACAAGAUUUAUUCGAUCAAGUAUGGAUUAAUUUAAGAGUGUUGGCAAGAUCUUCACCUCAAGAUAAAUACACCUUAGUCGGUGGUAUCAUCAACAGUCGUGCAGCACCAUCACGUCAAGUUGUCGCUGUCACUGGUGAUGGAACAAAUGAUGGUCCAGCGUUGAAACGUGCUGAUGUUGGUUUUGCUAUGGGAAUAGCUGGUACAGAUGUGGCUAAAGAAGCCUCAGAUAUUAUACUGACAGAUGAUAAUUUCUCAAGUAUUGUUAAAGCUGUUAUGUGGGGUCGUAAUGUAUACGAUUCAAUUACAAAAUUUCUACAAUUUCAGUUAACCGUGAAUUGUGUCGCUAUUAUUGUAGCAUUCGCUGGAGCAUGCUUUUUAGAUGAUAGUCCAUUGAAAGCUAUACAAAUGUUAUGGGUUAACCUGAUUAUGGAUACAUUGGCUAGUUUAGCAUUAGCCACAGAACAACCAUCCCCUGAACUACUCGAUCGUGCACCAUACGGACGUACUCAACCGUUAAUCAGUAGACAAAUGGCUAAAAAUAUAUUAGGUCAUUCUUUAUACCAAUUGGCUGUAAUCUUUUUCUUAUUAUUUUAUGCUGAUUUAAUCAUGGAAGUUGAUAAUGUCACUGGGAUAACUGUUCAUGAACCAACACAACAUUAUACACUAAUAUUUAAUUCCUUAGUUUUAAUGACACUAUUCAAUGAAUUCAAUGCUAGAAAGAUACAUGGACAACGGAAUGUAUUCAGUGGAUUACACAGAAAUCCAUUAUUUGUUAUUAUUUGGUUUGCAACCUUCUUAUUACAAGCUUUAAUUAUACAAUUUGGUUCAUAUGCCUUCAGUACAAAACCAUUAGAAUUAGAUCAAUGGGGUUGGUGUUUAUUCUUUGGUGUUGGUGAACUUGUAUGGGGUCAAGUUGUCAAUACUAUACCGAAUGCAAUUAUACCGAAGUGUAAAUGUCGUAGACGUAAACGCGGUAAACAAGUUGGUGCCAAUGAGAAUGCAGCUGAUGAAUACAUUAAAGAUACAAUUGAUGAAGUCGGUGAAGCUGAUGAUGAAGAUGAAAUACUACCAUUAUCUCUCAGUGGUGAUGAUAUGCCACUUGGUGGACGUAUCCUUUGGAUUCGUGGUGUCAAUCGUAUACAAACACAGAUGCAAGCUAUGAAAGUAGUUGAUGCAUUCCGUAUGGGACUUGGACCACGUCUUGAUUUGGAGCAUCGUCGAAGCGCUGGUACUUUGGCGUUUAGACAACGUCAAAAUUCAACAAUUGAAUAUGUGGAUGCUGAUGCACCAGAUGAUUCUUAA